CCAGCGCCGUGGGGAGGGGGGGGCGAGGCCACGCCCCCUCCCCGGUCAGGCCACGCCCCUUCGCCGCCGUGCGCGCCGCGGGGUGGUCCCGCGGGCCCCAUGUCACGUGACCCCUCGACCCCAGCGCGGGGGAGGCGGCGACCCCCGAGCCGCAGCACGGAGACCACGCGGGGGCCGGGGGGUUCCCUUGGGUAGCUCCCCCUCCUUCUCGCUUAAGGCCUCGGCGUGAUCGCCGCCGCAAUUUCUCCGUGUCCUGCUGACCCCCCCGCGCCAGAUAUGCUGGCGAAGCCCUGCCGUCUCUCGAGGGGUCCUGGAUGGCUCUGUCUGUCCCCCGGAGCGGGAUGAGGUGCGGGAAACCGCCGGAGUCCCACGCCUGGAGCCGGGUGGGCGCGUGGCCCUGUGUUGGCGGCUCCCCAGGGAGGAGAAAACCUUGCCAGGUUCAUGUGAGAGAUGGCGAAUGCCGAGGUGAGCGUCCCUGUGGGUGAUGUGGUGGUUGUACCAAGUGACGGGAAUGAAGGGGAGAACCCAGAGGAUACCAAAACCCAAGUGAUCUUGCAGCUCCAGCCGGUGCAGCAAGGGAUUUACCAAGAGGGCUCCGAGGCCAGUGCCGCUGUGGUGGCCGUGGAAACCCACACCAUCCACAAGCUGGAAGAAGGGAUUGACCCCAGCACCCUUGAAACAAGUGAGGAAAUCGAGAUCGCCUAUCCCAUCACCUGUGGGGAGAGCAAAGCCAUCCUUCUCUGGAAGAAGUUUGUUUGUCCAGGAAUUAAUGUCAAGUGUGUGAAGUUCAAUGACCAACUGAUUAGCCCGAAGCACUUUGUUCACCUGGCUGGGAAGUCUACCCUGAAGGAUUGGAAGAGAGCCAUUCGCCUUGGAGGAAUCAUGCUAAGGAAGAUGAUGGAUUCAGGGCAGAUUGACUUCUACCAACACGACAAAGUUUGCACCAACACCUGUCGAAGCACCAAGUUUGAUCUCCUGAUCAGCAGUGCCAGAGCACCAGUGCCAGGGCAGCAGAGUGUGGUGCAGACGCCAACCUCAGCUGAUGGGAGCAUCACCCAGAUUGCGCUGUCGGAGGAGAGUAUGGAGGAGGGGAUAGAGUGGAACUCGGCUCUGACAGCUGCUGUCACCAUGGCCACUGAGGAAGGUAUGAAAAAGGACACGGAUGAGAUUUCAGAGGACACACUGAUGUUCUGGAAAGGAAUAGCUGAUGUGGGGCUGAUGGAAGAGGUGGUGUGCAACAUCCAAAAGGAAAUAGAAGAAGUCCUAAGAGGUGUGCAGCAGCGGUUGGGUCAGUCUCCCUUCCUGAUGACAGAUGCUGCAGUCCUGAACAAUGUCGCCCAUACAUUUGGCUUAAUGGACACAGUCAAGAAGGUACUGGACAACAGGAAAAACCAGACAGAGCAAGGAGAGGAACAGUUUCUUUACACACUGGCAGACCUGGAGCGGCAGCUGGAAGAACAGAAGAAACUUGCCAGGGACCAGAAGUCCAAGUCCCAAACCAUCCAGAAUGUGGUGCUCAUGCCCAUGAGCACUCCCAAGCCUCCCAAGAGACCCCGUCUGCAGCGCCCAGCCUCAGCUACCAUCCUCAGCCCCUCCACCCCCAUCCAGCAGCCUCAGUUCACUGUCAUCUCCCCCAUCGCCAUCGCGCCCGUUGGACAACAGUUCUCUGUGGGCAACAUCCCAGUGGCAACCCUCAGCCAAGGCUCCAGCCCGGUGACUGUUCAUACCUUGCCAUCUGGCUCCCAGCUCUUCCGAUAUGCCACCGUGGUUUCAUCCUCCAAGACCAGCUCCUCGGACACCGUCACCCUGCACCCGUCCUCCAGCCUGGCACUGCUGAGCUCAGCAGCCAUGCAGGACACCGGGGCCCUGGCCAACGUGGCGACCAUGGUCAACCCCGUCGAACUGGUGGCCAUGGAGUCUGGCAUCACUUCCACCAUCCAAGCUGUGGAAGGUACCUCGGACGAUGGGCAGACCAUCAUAGAGAUCGACCCGGCGCCGGAUCCUGAGGCGGACACAGACGAAUCAGAGGGCAAAGCUGUGAUCCUGGAGACAGAGCUGAGGACUGAAGAGAAAGUGGUGGGAGAUGUGGAAGACCAUCAGCACCAGGUCCAUAAUGUGGAGAUUGUGGUCUUGGAAGACUAGUGGGGAAGGCAGGCAUCAGUGAGGGGAAGAGUUGGGAAUUCGUUUUAUUUCAGGCUUUUUUGUUAAGCAUCUUUUCCAGCCACCCCAUUUGUUACCAUGGAUAUUUUCAUUGUGCUGUAUAUUUUUUAUAUAUAUGUAUAUGUAAAGUUUUUUUUUUUUUUUUUCUUCAAACAAAGCUGGAGAAACAUGUGAGACAUGGAUAAGGCUCCAUCUCUGUGGAGCACUGAACAAUACCACCUGUGGCAGGGUCAAGGAGAGACUGGAUCUCUGCUGGACAACCCAGCCAGGAGGAACUAGCCAUGCCUCGGUGCUUCUGCUCCAGGGCUGCCCUGGCCCGGAGACUUUAUUUGAGAGACAAUAACACUUGAGUGUGGAUGUGGCUGUGAGAAGGGGUGACAGAUUUGGGGUGGAACAGGUACUUCAUUUGUAUUUUUAUUUUCCCCAGGGAAAGGGAAUUCUGUCGGACCCUUCACUGUCACCUCAAAUGGAAUUUUUCAUUAUUUUUCUUGAUUUGAGGAGGCUGACAGUACAAUGAAUUUACUGUCCAUGUUCUCCUCCUCCACACAAAUUGUUUUUAUAUCUCUAUUUUUUUGUAUUUGUUUGCUCUCUCCCUUCCCUUGUCCAGAUUUCCCAGCUGCAAAGCCCUGGGACCUUCUCUCAGGGUCCCUGUAUCCCAAUCCCUCCUCUUCCCAUGGCACUUUUCCCUCAUCCCUUUCCCUGCCUGGCAAGGCUCGGUGCUGCAAACACCACUUGAAGACUCCGAGAUCACUUCAGCCUUUUGUAUAAGGCAAAAAAUAUCAACUCAAGCUCAAACCCAGAUCCUCCCCCUUGGCUGCUCAGCACUGCAGGGACCUUUAAGGGUGUACAAAGCAUGUUGUGCUGUUGCUUUCUGGGAGAGCCAGAUUUCGGAUCAGGACAGCUUCUGUUUACGCUGUGUGCUGAGGCUGCUCCGUGCUUGUCGCUUCUUGUUUGGUGGUUUUAUUUUUGUAUUAUUUUUUCUUCUUUCUUCCUAUAAUCUCUUGACAGGGUUAGAAUUGGGACAUUGCUGAAAUAUGGUGCACCCCUCUGUUUUCCCACUUUCUCUCUUUUUUUUCGGUGGUUGGAGAUCCAUUUGGGCUUUGCCACACUGGGAAAAUGGAGGGGGAAAGCACCGGGUGACCUCAGAGGUGCGGAGGUUUGGGAGGGUGGGAGCUGCUUGGCUGGAAAUAAUUAAGCAAA